UUGUCUCUGGUAUAAAACAAAUUUGUCAAUUCAUCGCUGUAGUGAGCUCUUAUUUUCAAUUUGGAUUUAUCUCAUAAAACUAAACUGUAAGCGAAAUAAUAAGAAAGGUUUAAAAAAAAAAAAAACGAAAAUGAACAUAACAUCAGCCGCAGGGAUAAUAUCCCUGCUAGAUGAACCGAUGCACGAAGUGAAAGAGUUCGCACUGAAGAGGUUGGACAACAUCGUCGAUGAAUUUUGGCCGGAGAUAUCUGAAUCCAUUGAAAAGAUUGAGAUUUUGCAUGAGGAUAAGGUAUUUUCUCAGCAUCAGCUUGCUGCGUUAGUGGCUAGCAAGGUUUAUUACCAUUUGGGAGCUUUCGAAGAUUCCCUGACAUACGCUUUAGGGGCUGGUAAUUUGUUCGACGUAAAUGCUCGCAAUGAGUAUGUGGACACCACGAUUGCUAAGGCAAUCGACUUUUACACGCAAAAGAGGAAGGCUCAUUUCAUCGAUAGUGCAACUGCAGAGCCGAUAGACCCGAGGUUAGAAGCGAUCGUCAACCGAAUGUUCCAGCGAUGCCUUGAAGAUGGUCAGUACCGCCAGGCGCUAGGUCUGGCAUUGGAGACUCGGCGGAUGGACAUUUUCGAGGAGUCCAUCAUGAAAUCUGAUGACAUAGCUGGUAUGCUUCAGUACGCCUUCACCGUAGCAAUGAGUCUUCUCCAGAACAAAGGUUUUCGCAGCACAGUUCUCAGAUCUCUUGUUGGUUUAUACAGAGGACUGAACAUCCCAGAUUAUGUCAACAUGUGUCAGUGUCUCAUUUUCUUGGAAGAUCCUUUAUCAGUAGCAGAAAUACUUGACAAACUGACCCACGGCCCAACAGAUUCUGUCCUUAUGGCUUAUCAAAUAGCUUUUGAUUUGUAUGAUUCAGCUACACAGCAAUUCCUAGGCAGGGUUUUACAGGCACUUAGAAUAACAGCACCAAUACCAAGUGCCCUUGGAGGAAAACCACAGCCACAAGGUGGCCCCUUCCCAGAGGCUUCAAUGGAAGUAGACCCAACACCAACAGAAGAAGCGAAGAAACCUGAAAGAGAUAUAGACAGCCUUAAUGAUGCUGAGAAAGAACAUCAAAGGAGGGUAGAAAAGUUAAUAUCCAUAUUAGGUGGAGAUGUAUCUAUAGGUUUACAGUUACAAUUCUUAAUUAGGUCAAACCAUGCAGAUAUGCUUAUCUUGAAAAAUACAAAGGAUGCCAUUAGAGUCUCAAUUUGUCAUACAGCAACAGUUAUUGCUAAUGCAUUUAUGCAUGCAGGAACUACAAGUGACCAAUUUUUGAGGGAUAACUUAGAGUGGUUGGCGAGAGCUACAAACUGGGCUAAAUUGACUGUAACAGCAUCACUUGGGGUAAUUCACAGAGGCCAUGAAGGUGAAUCCUUAGCUCUUAUGCAGUCUUAUUUACCUAAAGAGGCGGGUCCAUCAUCAGGGUAUUCCGAAGGUGGUGGGCUCUAUGCUUUGGGUUUAAUCCAUGCUAACCAUGGAGCCAAUAUCAUUGACUAUCUUUUAACGCAAUUAAAAGAUGCGCAAAAUGAGAUGGUGCGCCAUGGAGGAUGUCUGGGUCUAGGCCUAGCUGCCAUGGGUACCCACAGGCAGGAUGUGUAUGAACAACUCAAGUUUAAUCUAUAUCAAGAUGAUGCAGUGACUGGUGAAGCAGCAGGGAUAGCUAUGGGAAUGGUCAUGUUAGGCUCACGACACGCUGCAGCCAUCGAAGAUAUGGUCGCUUACGCCCAGGAGACUCAACACGAGAAAAUUCUUAGAGGCUUAGCUGUGGGUAUUUCCUUCACGAUGUAUGGACGGCUUGAAGAAGCUGAUGCACUCGUUGAACAGUUAUUGAGAGACAAGGAUCCAUUGUUGCGUCGGACUGGGUGUUAUACUAUUGCCACUGCAUAUUGUGGUACUGGAAAUAAUGAUUCCAUCCGCACUUUGCUUCACGUUGCCGUCUCCGAUGUUAAUGACGAUGUUCGUCGUGCAGCUGUUACAGCUCUCGGUUUCCUACUAUUCAGAACUCCUGAACAAUGCCCGUCUGUUGUUUCACUUUUAGCUGAAUCCUACAACCCUCACGUCCGUUAUGGCGCUGCGAUGGCUUUAGGUAUCGCUUGCGCAGGCACGGGAAAUCGAGAAGCCAUUGGCCUUUUAGAACCUAUGGUUAAAUUCGACCCUGUUAACUUCGUCAGGCAAGGUGCACUGAUCGCAUCCGCCAUGAUCUUAAUUCAGCAAACUGAAGCCCUUUGCCCCAAAGUCACAUAUUUCCGACAGCUUUAUGCACAAGUUAUAUCUAACAAACAUGAGGAUGUUAUGGCCAAGUUCGGCGCUAUUCUUGCGCAGGGUAUUAUUGACGCUGGUGGUCGUAAUGUCACUGUUUCCCUUCAGAACAGAACUGGGCACAUGAAUAUGUUAGCUGUAGUUGGAAUGUUAGUUUUCACCCAGUACUGGUAUUGGUUCCCACUCGCCCACUGUCUCUCACUUGCUUUCACACCAACCUGUCUGAUUGCUCUUAAUACUGACUUGAAAAUGCCUCAGUUGGAACUCAAAUCAAACUCGAAACCGUCAUUAUACGCUUAUCCAGCGCCGCUGGAAGAGAAAAAACGUGAGGAAAGGGAAAGAGUAACUACUGCUGUACUGAGUAUUGCCGCCGCGAGGGCUCGCAGGCGAGCGCAUACAACUGAAGGAUCUACCAGCAGUAGCGUGACUUCAUCUACGACAUCAAAAAUGGAUGUCGACGAAGAAGAAAAGAAACCUUCUAAAUCUCCUAAUCCUAAUAUAACGGUUCAUGGAAAAUCUGACAAAGAUGCUGGAACAUCUAAAGAAACAAAGAAAGAAGACAAAGAGGGAGAGGAAAAAGAGAGUAAGGAAAAGAAAGAGCCUGAACCGAACUUUGAAAUACUUAGUAAUCCAGCCAGGGUUAUGAGACAACAGCUGAAGACCUUAUCCGUUGUUGAUGGUUCAGGAUAUAUCCCAUUAAAAGAUGUUACUAUUGGAGGCAUUGUAAUGCUGAACCAUUCAGGGGAUGACGAGCAAGUUCUUGUUGAACCAGUAGCAGCCUUUGGUCCUAAAACUGAAGAGGAAAAGGAGCCUGAGCCUCCAGAACCUUUUGAGUACUUAGAUGAUUGAUGCAGGCUCUUUGGUUAACUACAUCAUCGCCAAAAAUUGAUAGUAUGUAGGACCAUCAUUAACAAUUAUUAUAAAUCACUAAAAUAUAUUGAACAACAUUACUGUAAUAAAAUAUUGAAGUACACAAAUUACUAACUGCAAAUAUUGUUGUGUUUAUCUCUUAAAAAUAAAUGAUUUUAUUGAAUA